AUGUGUGAAUCGCAAUCUGUGAAUCUGCCAUUAUCGUCUCUUUGAUCAUGAUAUUCGCUGUAGAUUGUAGUGGAUCGUGGCUAAUAUUGUGACUGCAGUGAUAAACGUUCGGUACAAAAUGCUGUCGAGAUUAGCUCUUCGCAAUGCCCAAUUAUUGCCAAUGGCUAUGCGUGGAGCACAAAGUGCUUCUUCGGUAGCGACAGAAUAUACUCGUCCCAAACGUUUGAUUGAUCCUGCUCCAGUUAGACAUGGAUUCAUACCUGAAGAAUGGUUUCAAGCUUUCUAUUCAAAAACUGGUGCAUCAGGGCCAUAUGUAUUUGCUAUAACUGUGAGCACUUAUUUAUGUUCAAAAGAAAUUUAUAUUCUGGAGCAUGAAUAUUAUAAUGGACUGUCUCUGUUCGUAAUAUGUGUAGCAAGUGUAAAAUUAUUUGGUCCAAAAGUAGCUCAGUUUUUGGACAAGGAAAUAGAUAAGUACAAUGAUGAACUUGAUGAGAAUAGAACCUCUCAAAUAACUGACUAUGAAAAUAUAAUUGCACAUGAAAAAAAAGAACAAUAUAAUCUGGAUGGUCAGAAAAUGAUAAUGGAAAUUAAAAAAGAGAAUAUUAAAAUGCAACUGGAAGCAACUUAUAGGGAACGCUUGGCACAAGUCUAUCAAGAGGUAAAGAAGCGUCUCGACUAUCAAGUGCAACUACAAAAUCUCGAACGUCGAAUUGCACAGAAGCAUAUGGUUCAAUGGAUUGUAAAUGGAGUAUUGAAAGCCAUAACUCCUGAUCAAGAAAAAGCAACUCUUCAACAGUGUAUCAAAGAUCUCGAAGCUCUCGCUGCAAAAGCGUAAAAUAUCGCUAAAAAAUAAUUUAGAUAAAAUAGAAAUAUGUUAGCAGGUAAGAGAAGGCGUCUAUCAUCCGAUAAAAUAUUUAUCUCUAUCGAAUGUUGUUUCCGAAUCGUCGGAAUCGUUAAAUGUGAAUAAAUAAACGCCAUCUUGCAACAUUUAA